AUGGCUGAACUCCUUAGCCCUGAGGAAUGCCAAGAUUUCAUCAGCAGAAUCAAUAGACCUGAAGACGAUCUGGUUAAGAAAGUCUCAAACCUGUCUCCAAAACGACGAAGGCGCAGAGAGAUUGGUAAAUUUGCCGUGCGAUUAUUAUAUCAUGUGUUAAUGUUGUAACUAGAGGGCAGAGUUAAUGAAAUAGGGAAUUUUAAAGUUUAAUAAAUCAGGAAAGAUAAUGUAUUAUUAUUUUGUAUUACAAAUUUUAUCAAUUUUCACACAUAUAUAUUAUCAGCAAACUUUGUUAUUAAGUGUUCUUGCAUAGCAAGACCAUUUAUUGUUAUCUCACAUAUAUAUUAUUAUUAAGUGUUCUUGCAAGAACACUUAUUGUUAUCUCACAUAUAUAUUGCCACCCUAACUCCUCCCACAGUUUUUACACUACAUAGACAAAAAUUUACCAAAACGUGCAGAUUGUUCCCGAUCGGAUUGCUAUUACUUUGUGGAACGUUUCGCCGAAUGGUUCACGGAAUAUCGUCGUUUUUGUGGCGCAAUUUGUCCCAUAGGAAUGAAUGGCAAAGCUAGAGUGGGAACUGGCAAAAGCUGAAAAAUCAGGACAUGAUUUCUAAACUGCCACCACUCCCUUAUUUUCAGGCCCACCUACACAAAUCUUAUAUCAAACGUUCAGCUAUCCCUGCUGCCACUAAACAUGUCAACGGCUAAGCCAUAGUCCUGAUAGUUUUCACAAUAUAAUCAUUUGUUUGCAACUAACGCCGUCCAUUGACAUUCAUUGAAACUUCCCUCUACAAAGCUCAAAUUUGAAGUGCAAUUUCUAAACUGCGACUGUGCCUUCAUUUUUAAUACUUCAGAGACAUACUAGGCAUCAAAAUGUAGGUCUGGGUCUUGUGAUUCUCACAAUAUAAAGCUCUUCGCUGUAGGAUUGAUAGUUUUUAAAAUACAACCGUUUGAAGAUGGCAACCGCCAAAAUACUCUGACCUGUGCCAGGCUGCAGCAGCAAGUGAUGUCAUAGACAGGGCCUUUUGAACACCUGCUAAUGUUUUAUAAAUGUAUGGUUUAAUGUAACUGUGCAACAACGUUGCAAUUAAAUGUGCUAUAUAAAUGAUAACAGUUACGUCGCCCACUCCAGUUGUAGACUACUGGUGGAGGCAAGAACACUUCACACAAUUUCCCCAGAAAUUGUAGCUUUUCUAUUUUUCCUUUAUUCUUAUUAUAGCCAAAUUUGCCACCCUAACUCCUCCCACAGUUUUUACACUACAUAGACAAAAAUUUACCAAAAUGUGCAGAUUGUUCCCGAUCGGAUUGCUAUUACUUUCUGGAACGUUUCGCCGAAUGGUUCACGGAAUAUCGUCGUUCUUGUGGCGAAAUUGGUCCCAUAGGAAUGAAUGGCAAAAUGUUCAAAACUAGAGUGGGAGCUGGCAAAAGCUGAAAAAUCAGGACAUAGUUACAUAGUUACAUAGUUACAUAGCUGAAAAGAGACUUGCGUCCAUCAAGUUCAGCCUACCUCACAUUUGUUAUUUGCUGUUGAUCCAAAAGAAGGCAAAAAAAAACCAGUUUGAAGCACAAUUUUGCAACAAGCUAGGAAAAAAAUUCCUUCUUGACCCCAGAAUGGCAGUCAGAUUUAUCCUUGGAUCAAGCAGUUAUUACCCUACAUUGAAGAUUAUAUCCUUGAAUAUUCUGUUCUUGCAAGUAUGCAUCUAGUAGCCGUUUGAACAUCUGUAUAUGGACUCUGAUAAAACCACUUCCUCAGGCAGAGAAUUCCACAUCCUGAUUGUUCUUACAGUAAAAAAACCUUUCCUUUGCCUUAGGCGAAAUCUUCUUUCUUCCAGUCUAAACGCAUGGCCUCGUGUCCUAUGUAAAGUCCGUUUGUGAAUAGAUUUCCACACAAUGGUUUGUAUUGGCCCCGAAUAUAUUUGUAUAAUGUUAUCAUAUCCCCUCUCAGGCGACGUUUUUCUAAACUAAUAGGUUUAAAUUUGUUAACCUUUCUUCAUAGCCGAUAUGUUCCAUUCCUUUUAUUAAUUUUGUAGCCCGCCUCUGCACUUUUUCUAGUGCCAUAAUAUCCUUCUUUAGAACAGGUGCCCAAAAUUGCACAGCAUAUUCAAUAUGGGGUCUUACCAGUGAUUUAUAAAGAGGCAAAAUUAUAUUCUUGUCCCGAGAAUGAAUGCCCUUUUUCAUGCAUGACAAUACCUUACUGGCCUUGGCCACAUUGUUGCAUAGUUUCUUGUCUAUAACAAUUCCCAAUUUCUUUUCGUGUGUUGUUAUCCCUAUUAUGCUUCCAUUAAGGUUAUACGUUGCUUGUGUAUUCUUUCCGCCGAAGUGCAUAACUUUGCAUUUUUCAACAUUAAAUUUCAUCUGCCAUUUGAGUGCCCAGUCCCCCAGUCUAUCUAAAUCCCUCUGCAGCAAAGUAAUAUCUUACUCACAUUGUAUUGUUUUACAAAGUUUGGUGUCAUCUGCAAACACUGAAACAUGACUUUCAAUGCGGUCUUCAAGAUCAUUUAUAAACAUAUUAAAUAGAAGGGGUCCCAGAACAGACCCCUGAGGGACACCACUUGCCACCUCUGUCCAGCUUGAAAAUUUACCAUUAAUGACAACUCUUCGUACUCUGUUUUUAAGCCAAUGUUUUUAAGCCAAUGUUCUACCAAGAACAAGCAUUUUCAUCUAGACCGAUUUCCUUGAGUUUGAACACUAAUCUAUUGUGUGGAACUGUAUCAAAUGCCUUGGCAAAAUUCAAAUAGAUCACAUCCACUGCAACACCCUGAUCUAUACUUCUACUUACUUCUUCGUAGAACGCAAUCAAGUUAGUUUGAAAUGACCUGUGCUUCAUAUAACAAUGCUGAUUUUUGCUGAUAACCAUGUUCUUCUCAAAGAAUUCUUGAAUAUUAUCCCUUAAUAACCUUUCAAUCAGGACAUGAUUUCUAAACUGCCACCACUCCCUUUUUUUCAGGCCCACCUACACAAAUCUUAUAUCAAAACGUUCAGCUAUCCCUCCUGCCACUAAACAUGUCAACGGCUAAGCUGUAGUCCUGAUAGUUUUCACAAUAUAAUCAUUUGUUUGCAACUAACGCCGUCCAUUGACUUUCAUUGAAACUUCACUCUGCAAAGCUCGAAUUUGAAGUGCAAUUUCUAAACUGCGACUGUGCCUUCAAUUUUAAUACUUCAGAGACAUACUAUGCAUCAAAAUGUAGGUCUGGGUCUUGUGAUUCUCACAAUAUAAAGCAAUUUAUAGUUUUUAAAAUACGACUGUUUGAAGAUGGCAACCGCCAAAAUACUCUGACCUGUGCCAGGCUGCAGCAGCAAGUGAUGUCAUAGACAGGGCCUUUUGAACACCUGCUAAUGUUUUUAUAAAUGUAUGUUUUAAUGUAACUGUGCAACAACGUUGCAAUUGAAUGUGCUAUAUAAAUGAUAACAGUUACUCCGCCCACUCCAUGUUUAGACUACUGGUGGAGGCAAGAACACUUCACACAAUUUCCCCAGAAAUUGUAGCUUUUCUAGUUCUUAUUCUUAUUCUUAUUAUAGCCAAAUUUGCCACCCUAACUCCUCCCACAGUUUUUACACUACAUAGACAAAAAUUUACCAAAGCGUGCAGAUUGUUCCCGAUCGGAUUGCUAUUACUUUGUGGAACGUUUCGCCGAAUGGUUCACGGAAUAUCGUCGUUCUUGUGGCGAAAUUUGUCCCAUAGGAAUGAAUGGCAAAGCUAGAGUGGGAGCUGGCAAAAGCUGAAAAAUCAGGACAUGAUUUCUAAACUGCCACCACUCCCUCAUUUUUAGGCCCACCUACACAAAUCUUAUAUCAAAACGUUCAGCUAUCCUUGCUGCCACUAAACAUGUCAACGGCUAAGCCAUAGUCCUGAUAGUUUUCACAAUAUAAUCAUUUGUUUGCAACUAACGCCGUUCAUUGACAUUCAUUGAAACUUCCCUCUACAAAACUCAAAUUUGAAGUGCAAUUUCUAAACUGCGACUGUGCCUUCAUUUUUAAUACUUCAGAGACAUACUAUGCAUCGAAAUGUAGGUCUGGGUCUUGUGAUUCUCACAAUAUAAAGCUCUUCGCUGUAGGAUCUAUAGUUUUUAAAAGACGACCGUUUGAAGAUGGCAACCGCCAAAAUUCUCUGACCUGUGUCAGGCUGCAGCAGCAAGUGAUGUCAUAGACAGGGCCUUUUGAACACCUGCUAAUGUUUUAUAAAUGUAUGGUUUAAUGUAACUGUGCAACAACGUUGCAAUUAAAUGUGUUAUAUAAAUGAUAACAGUUACGUCGCCCACUCCAGUUGUAGACUACUGGUGGAGGCAAGAACACUUCACACAAUUUUCCCAGAAAUUGUAGCUUUUCUAGUUGUUUUUGUUCUGACAAAAUUUGUGCAGGAUCUCUUUUUACUAGAAAUGUUUUUAUAUAACGCUACUCUGUACUUUGCAGCAGCAAAUCUAUAAAGAUACACAUUUAUUGCAGUUCUCUGAUCAUUUCAUAUGUACCAUUACAGAAAUAUUCCUUCAGACUAGGGUGAGAUAAUCAGAUACUUUAAAUUAUUAUUAUUAUAAUAAACUUCCAUCAAAAUUAUUUCCAUUCUUACCAUACAUAAAUACAAAACUAGAUUACAAUUCAGAUUUUAGAUUUUCGUUUUAUUUAGAGAUUUAUAAUUAAUGUGUAAAAAAAAAUUCAAGGAAAAUGUGGGUGCCCAUACCAAAUUCUGAAGCUGGUGCUAAUGCAGUUGAUUGUUCACCCACUUUACAGCUGAUUUUACUGAUCACUGUUAGCAUUCCAAUGAAAAUGUGUUUAAACAGGCGUGUUUAUAUCAAGAUAAUUAUUUUACAUGUCCACGGAGCACCACUGAUUGAAUUACCAGCAAAAUCCUGGGAGCUAAUUCUCAUUGUAUCUCCUCUUUCUACACACAGUGACCAAGGAGCAAUGUUUGGCAACAUUACAGAAAUGGUUUGAUGAAAAAGGGGAAACAGUCUAUUGGGACCGGAUCUCUACUAUUUUAUAUCAAGUGGGACGACCUGAUGUUUCUAAAGGUAAAUAUAAAUGUAGUAAUUUAGAAGAUAAUGGUAUUAAUAACAGAUGUUGUGAUGUUAAAGCGGUUAGAGGUCACAGUGCUUCAGUAUCUCUGUAUACAUCCUCUUAUUUCAAGAAAUUAAAGUGUCCCUGCCAAUCCUGACACAUUUUAUCUUCAUAUUGAAAUAAAUGCUUCAGACUACAGAGUUUAUGAAUUUCAUAAGGUAGAUUUUCAUAAAUGUAAAAAUUAAUCCCAUUCAUUCUCUAUAAACCAUAUGCCUGUAUAGCAUAGCAGUGUGAAAGUAUCCAUAGAAAGUUGGAUUUUCCACUAAUACACCAGGAUAGAAUUUGAACUUUACUAAGAUCAUGAGAAAUGAAAUGUCUUAUCAUGUCGAUACAUGCCGUAACGUGUUCAUAUGUUUAAUAGAACUUGGAAGAAAUCUCAAUCAGGACAAAAUUCUGGAGAUUGAGAAGAACGCUGAUGAAUAUAAGCAAAAAAUGCUGGAUUCAUCUCUGCUUCUUCCGAAUGAAGAAUUUUCUGAAAUCGAUGCCAGGCAGAGAGAUGGUGAGUACCCAACAUAAAUAAACAUUUAGAUAUUUAAGGAUUUUUUUAGCACUUUAUAUUGCUAUUUCUGGUGUAUGGCUGAGAGGGAGGGGAAGCCAUGGUUACCGAGACAGUCACUUCCUCUGCCCAGCUCCACCCUUUCUUACUGCCAGAAUGCAGCCUACUAUACUCUUUGGUGUGAAGGUUACUACUGGUUUGCUUUGCACUGGAGCCAGGGCUUUUAUAGAACUUCAAAGACAAUAAUAAUUAAUAAAAUAUAUAUCGGUCUAUCUCUGUCACACAGCUGAUGUUUUAUCUGUAUAUUUUACUCAGUUUAAUAAUGUUGUGCUUAUGACAUGCUGUCCUGUAAUUUUUUUUAUAAUGUUUCUUUUCUACAGUUUCCAACUUUGAGGAUAUGGAUUGGGAUCUCAUUAUUGAAAGAAAGCCACGCCCACCUUACCAGCGAGCACUUACCGAGUGGUGCUGGUACAUGUUAUAUGGCGUUAUUUUGGGAUUCCUGGGAGGAGCUGUGAUGGUGGUCAUGAUCUAUCUAUUGUUCAAGGUUUUAAAGAUUGAUGGAAGAGAGAGAGAUUUUUACAAGAUUGUCUGA